CAUUCUGCAUCGCAGAUUGCAGACGUUUUGAUUACUCACUGCAGGUGUUCUAAUAAUUUGGUGGAAUUAUAAGUGAAUUUAAUUCAGUUUAAUCUUAUUAAAUAAAAAUGGCUAUCGGCGCAGGAAUGUCAUGUGUGAAAUACCUUCUUUUUGCCUUUAAUCUUCUUUUUGCGAUAACCGGUUUAAUAAUACUCGUUGUUGGUGCCCGGGCUGAGAUAAACGCUCACCCAUAUGUGGAUCUCACGGACGAGAACUUUUACACCUCAGCUCCUAUGAUAUUGAUCAUUGUGGGCUUAAUCGUUUUUAUUGUGGCCUUCUUUGGUUGCUGCGGAGCAGUUAAGGAGAACCACUGCAUGAUAGUUACUUUCUCGGUAUUCCUGCUGCUGAUCUUCGUCGCCGAGCUGGCUGUGGGCAUCGCGGGCUACGUCAAGCACAAGGACCUGGAGACUUCCAUCAUCAAGACCCUCAACGCCUCCAUAGCCCACUACGAGACCGACCCCAAGAUACAGAAGAACUUUGACAUCAUCCAGACCGAUUUGAUGUGCUGCGGCAUCAACGGCCCCGAGGACUGGGCUGCGAACAAGCUACCCAUCCCGGCCAGCUGCUGCUCUGGAGACAAGACUGUGGCCUGCACGCCAGCGUCUCCGGACUUCCACAAGGACGGCUGCUACCCAGGCAUACUGGAAGCCAUGAAGGGCAUGGCGCUGGUGCUGGGCGGCGUUGGCCUGGGCAUCGCUGUGGUGCAGCUGCUCGGAGUCAUGUUUGCUUGUUUCCUGGCUCGUUCCAUCCGCAGUCAGUACGAAACCGUCUAAACCGUCUCCAAGCUCAGCAGCUCUUUGCUAUUAUUUAAGUACAAACAAAAUAUUUCCAUUCCUUUACAAUUUAAUUAUAUUAUUUUUAUAUUUCUUUAUUCUACAGAAUCGAAUGUUGUAAGUAACUUGUUUACUUAAGUGAAAUUUUAACAUAAAAUUUUAUUUUAAGGUAAAUGUUGAUUUAAUUAAUGUACACAAAAUAUAUAUAUUUUAU